ACCCACGUACACGGAAAACAUAUAACCGCGACCAUGAACUUGAAUGGAAUAAUUGAGAUGUUUGUUCCUUUGGACUUUUCGCUAUCUUCAAAACUUGCUUGAAUCAUCAUGGAACAAGACGGCGAAACUGGAGUCGAAGAAAUUCUAUCGAAUGGCCAGCGAGGCUACUUAUUUACAAACUGGGCGAAAACGUUCUCGUGUACACCAGAGCUAUUUUUCGUACCAGAAUCUAUUGAAGAUAUCAGACAAAUCCUUCGUGUGGCCACUAAAUUAUGUAAGACUGUCCGUGUUGUGGGCGGAGGACAUUCGCCAUCCGAUAUUGCCUGUACUGAUGGGUACAUGAUUAGUUUAAAAAAUAUGAAAGCGGUUUUGGAGAUAGAACAUGACAAGAAACAAGUGACAGUUGAAGCUGGUUUGAUGGUUAGUGAACUCAACGAGUUUUUGGCUGACAAUGGCUUAGCAUUACCCAGUCUUAGUUCAGUGUCAGAGAUUUCAUGUGCAGGUGCCAUUGGUACAUGUACACAUGGUUCAGGAAAAAACUUUGGCAUUUUGGCUAUGUCAGUUGCAUCCCUUGAACUGAUGACAGCCAGUGGUAAGGUCCUCUACUGUAGUAGAGAGAAAAACAAGGAAAUAUUCCUAGCUGCACUUUGUGGUCUUGGUGCUGUUGGGAUAAUUCUCAGUUUGACUUGGCAGUGUGAAGAGGCUUUCAAAUUACAGGAGACAAGCAAACCUUUAAUGCUGGAGGAGAUGUUAGAAAAUCUUGAAACAAGCAUAUCAUCCAGUGAUCAUUUCAAGUUCCAUUGGUAUCCACACACAGGAUAUGUCAAAUGCUAUGAGGUCAACAGGACUGCCAAGCCCAUAGAUGACAAUCCAAGUUGGUUUUGGGACUAUGCUAUGGGUUAUUACUCCUAUGAGCUUGUGCUUUGGUUAAGCUCAUUUGUGCCACCUUCCCUACGAUAUGUGAACUGGGGUCUUUUUAAACUCUUCCACUGCAAACCUCACAGCAGAGUGAAUCAAAGCCACAAGGUUUUUAACUUUAAUUGCCUGUUCAAGCAGUAUGUGACAGAGUGGGCCAUUCCCCAGGAUAAGACAGUGUAUGUACUUAGAAAGCUUCAAAACUGGCUCAAGGAGUCUGGAUUUCAUGCACAUGCACCUGUUGAAGUUAGGUUUGUAAAGAGAGAUGACAUCUACUUGAGUCCAUGUUAUGAACAAGACACCUGCUUUAUCAAUGUUAUUUCUUAUAGGCCUUAUGAAAAAUCACUUCCACAUGAAAAUUAUUGGGAAUACUAUGAAAACCUUAUGCUGUCAGUUGGGGGCAAGCCGCACUGGGCAAAGGCACACAAGUUGACAUCAUCAGAUUUUGAAAAAUUAUACCCCAAGAUACACAAGUUCCGAGAGGUCUGCCAGAAGUUAGACCCUCAAGGAAUGUUUCGCAAUGACUACUUGAAGAAGGCCAUCUUUGGACCAGCACAAAAACCUGAAGUGGACAACAAAAAGACUAACGACAAGUAAAGUUGCCCUGGCGACCAACUAGCUUCUCUGGGUAUGGGAGGGAAGUGGGGGGGUAAAAUUUGUUAUCAUGGGACCAUGGUAGAGUUUAUUAUGAGGCAAAACCUCUGGUAACAGUUCCUUUCCCUGAACUCCCGAAAAUCAGAGUAAGGAAGGAUAAGAGAAGGUGAAAAUUGGAGAAAAUUGAGUUAAAUAAUAAACACACAGUAGUCUCUUUCCGGUCACCAUGACAGUGGUGUCACUAUUUCUAGUUUUGCUUGUGUAAUAAUAUGAUAUACAUUAGUAAAUUUAUUGAUGCUAUUAAUUAACUGUGAUAUUGAUAAAUCUGAAUGAUCUGUUGACGAAUUCAGGAAGCAGUACGUACGUCAAAGCCUUAAGUGUGGUCUUUAAAAUUUUACGUUAAAGUUAAUACCCCAGAAAUAUUAAAAUUAAAAUAUUGAGACUAACAAAAAGUCACCAAGGUUUUCACGAACACAGGUUAUUAAGAUUCAGUAGUAUAAUAUAAGGCAUUCAGAAAGUGUUCACGUGAACACUGAAUCUGUUAACUUAUGUAGUGUGGUUUGCAUAUAGACCAUACAAUAUUGCAAUGUGUAUAACGCAUUUCCUGGUUAUUAACACAUUUUUAUCGUGACGGAAGCUUCUUAUUAUUUUAUUUAUUUAUUUGUGAUUUAAGAAUAUCUUAAGAGCGCACCCAAGAGAAUACACUUUAGCAAGUUGUCAAAUUUCUCCGCGUAAUAGUUGUCUUAUUGCUAACAUUGUGUUCAGUGCUGAACGAGAUUUACAUUUUGCGUACGUGAUGUAUAGUUGUUAGAUAGUGAGAUAUUGUUGAGUUGUUGGACAAGCUUAGUCCAAUUUCACAAAUACUAAGUAACGGGAAAGUACUCUACUUGCUGUUUUUUAUUGUUAAAGAUAUAUAGUCUUGAGUGGACCUGCCGUUAUGGAAUGGCAAUCUUUGUUGAAUUAUUUUGUAGCGAACUCAGUUAUGAAGCGUUGGUGAUGCACACUUCUCACAUUUCGGAAUAUUUUAUAAUGGUGGCAUCGUGUCACAUAGCAGUAUUCGCUGUAACCGAGAACAAUAUGUUUACAUCCAAAGAGAAAAAUUAAACCUUUCCUACUGAA